UGAAGAUGGAGGAGUUAUUCGUGAGCAUGAAGUAAUACAAAUUCAAAUGACUUCCAGUCCACCUGUUGGGAAAGAAAUUUAUGUCACAUGCAGUGAUCUUUUCAAAAUCCAGUCUGAUACCAAUCGAUGCAACAGGAAAGUGUUGACAACAGGAAUCGCAGGAGUGGGCAAAACUGUGUCGGUCAACAAAUUCAUACUUGAGUGGGCGAAAGGAAAGGAGAACCAAGACUUACACUUCAUUUUCCCUCUCCCCUUCCGAGAACUGAAUCUGAAGAAGGAUAAGAAGUUCAGUUUGAUAGAACUCCUAAAUCAAUGCUUUUUCACUUCAAAAACUGCACUGAGGUCUCUUCCAGAGGACGAAGGUAAAGUUCUGUUUAUUUUUGAUGGGCUGGAUGAAUGCCGCUUUCCUCUUUGCUUUGAGGGUGAAGAGGAAGUAAAAGAUAUCAAUCAGAGAACCUCAGUGGGCUCAUUGAUCACCAAUCUCCUGCAGAAACAUCUGCUUCCCUUUGCUCUCAUCUGGGUAACUUGCCGACCAGCAGCAGCCCAUCUGAUUCCCCGGGACUACAUUGACCUGGUGACAGAAGUGAGAGGAUUCAAUGAUGAACAAAAGAAGGCAUAUUUCAGCAAAUACUGUAGUGAAGACGUGGCAUUUAAAAUAGUCUCACACAUCAAGAAAUCAAGGAGCCUCUACAUCAUGUGUCAGAUACCAGUCUUCUGCUGGAUCUCUGCCACUGUGCUUCAGCCACUGAUGGCUCAAGAGAACAACAAGGACAUUCCCACGACCCUGACAGGAAUGUAUCUAAGAUUCCUGCUACAGCAGAAAAAUGUAAUGAAAAAGAAAUAUCAUGAAAGAAGAUCUAAAACCAUUGAUGCUGAACAUGUAAUUUUGAAGCUUGGAUUCAAGUCUCUGAUGUUGCUGUCCUUUAUUGCCUGUCUCUCUACUGUUGACAUAAAUAGAUCAGAAUUACUUCAUGAGGUACACUAUCGGUAUGGUCAUUAAAACUUAAACGAAUUAAUAAUGAUAUAAAUUGAAGUGUUCUGUCUUAUUCAAAUCUUCCUACAACUGUGCUGGGACUUCAUUGUCUCUCUCUGUUGCUCACCUAGGUCUGUUGUUGCUCUCCCUCCUCUGUAUCUCUGUUGCUGUCUGUCUCUGUUGCUUUUCUUCAUUGUCUGUCUAUUUUCCUCUCCAUCUUUUGUAUCUCGCCUUCUUUUUCUUUAUUUUUUAAUUGGGUCUUGCCUUCACUGUCUGUCUGUUUUUCCUCUCCUUUAGGGUCAUUUUACGGGAAAUCGGACACUUUGGAACUCAACCGACACAGAUUUUCAUCAAACUUUGUGUGCCUUUUAGUGGCAAUGUAGAACCCCAGAACUGCAUUUGCAUGAAU